AUGGCGCGCACGCACAAGAAUUUGCAUCGCCAGUGCUGCAUCAAUUCUACAGAAUGCUGGGAGCAAGGCAGCAUGUUCGCAUCUAAGGAGGAUGAGGUAACUUGCAUGUUUAUUACUCAGAUUGCAAGCAGCAUCACCUACAUAGGCGUCACGUUGAACGCCUUGUACAACUUCAUCAUGGCCGGCAUGGCUGUAGCCCUAGUCUACUGGUACCGAGAUUGCGACCCGCUUCUGUCUGGUGCCAUCACCAAGCUUGAUCAGAUGCUGCCUUACUACGUGAAGGAAAAUCUGGGCGACUUUCCAGGAUUCUCGGGGCUCUUCCUCACAGGUGUUGUCAGCGCCGCCACAAGCACUGUGUCAUCCAUCAUCAACUCCCAAGCUGCCGUGUUUUACGUGGACGUAAUUUCGCAGUACAGAAAGUUUUCGUCACAGCAAGCAGCAGCCUUUACAAAAAAGAGUGCCCUCUUCUUUGGAUGCGUGCUCACCGCUUGUGCUGUAGCAGUGCCUCACCUAGGUUCAGCUGUUCGGCUUAUUUUGGUGCUGCACAGCGGAGGGACUGCACCAUUCGUUGGACUCUUCGUCUUGGGUCUUAUUUUUCCGUGGGCCAAUGCGAAGGGCGCUGCAGUCGGCACUUUGGUUGCUGGCUCUCUGCAGCUGUGGCUGAUGUUCGGAAAGAUCGCCCUCGACGUUCAUUCCCCAGGAUGGGCGUCACUCUCGACUAUUGUCCAAUCAACGCCACUUUUCCAAUGA